AGAACUAGGGGAACUCCUCCCGAAGCUGAGGAGCCACACCAAACUAUAACAAAGCCGAGAAAGAGAACCACAACGAUAUCAUCAGAAUCUAACCAUAAAUUGAUUGAUUUCUAUUCAGUUUACAUCACAAUCCCCUCCAAGAAAUUUUAGCCCUUCAAAAUGCUCAAAAUUACACCCAUAAACCGAAACCAGUAACCACCGCCCAAAAUCUUUUGCCCCUUACUCCUUUAGCAAAUAGCGCAGGAUCUGAGGAUGAACACCUCCACCACAACGGCGUCGUCUAGACUGAAAUCUUCUGACACAAUGCCUCACCGUAACAACCCUACGCUUCUCCCUUUGGUCGUUUCCCUCAACUGCAUCGAAGAUUGUGUCCUCGAACAAGAAUCCUUGGCGGGCGUCGCACUCGUUGAGCACGUUCCUCUCAGCGGCUUAGGCGACGGGAAGAUCGAGGCUGCAGCGGCUGUCCUCCUCCACUCCCUUGCCUACCUCCCUCGGGCUGCCCAGCGUCGCAUCCGUCCUUACCAGCUCAUCCUCUGCCUUGGCUCCUCUGACCGCGCCGUCGACUCCGCCUUAGCCGCUGAUCUUGGACUAAAUCUUGUCCAUGUCGAUGCCUCGCGAGCUGAGGAGAUCGCCGAUACUGUCAUGGCGCUGUUUCUUGGCUUGCUCCGUCGCACGCACUUGCUCUCUCGCCACACGCUUUCGGCUUCCGGCUGGCUCGGCUCGGUUCAGCCGCUUUGUCGGGGAAUGAGGCGGUGCCCAGGACUAGUGUUGGGAAUUGUUGGUAGAUCUGCGUCGGCCCAGUCUCUGGCAUCGAGAAGCUUAGCCUUCAAAAUGAGUGUGCUUUAUUUUGAUGUUGUAGAGGAAAAUGGAAAAGUACGUAGGUCUUCCAUAACAUUCCCACCAGCCGCCCGUAGAAUGGAUACACUUAAUGAUUUACUAGCUGCAAGUGACCUUAUAUCACUUCAUUGUGCUUUAACAAAUGAAACUGUUCAGAUUAUCAAUGCUGAAUGUUUGCAGCAUGUAAAACCUGGGGCUUAUCUUGUGAAUACGGGCAGCAGCCAGCUCUUGGAUGAUUGUGCAUUAAAGCAGCUUCUCAUUGAUGGCACAUUAGCUGGUUGUGCCCUAGAUGGAGCUGAAGGGCCACAGUGGAUGGAAGCAUGGGUGAAGGAGAUGCCCAAUGUAUUGAUACUUCCACGAAGUGCAGAUUAUAGUGAAGAAGUGUGGAUGGAGAUAAGGGAGAAGGCUAUCUCUAUGUUGCAAACAUUCUUCUUUGAUGGGGUUAUUCCAAAGGAUGCCAUUUCUGAUGAGGAUGAGCAAGAAAGUGAAAUAGUUGAUGAAAAAGGACAGUUUAGCAUGCAAGACAAAGAAGGUGCUUUGCAGGGUUCUUGUGGUGAACAAUCGAUUGAUGAUAUUAAACUAAGUCCUGAAAGCUCCCUUAAAAAGGAUACCAAUCAAUCUAAGGAGUCUCCUAAUCAAAGUCAGGGUUCUAGUUUGUCUCAUAAUACUGCCAUAAAAUCAGAUGGGAAACGCAGCAGAUCAGGUAAAAAGGCCAAAAAGAGGCAUGCCCGUCAAAGAAACUUACAAAAAUCAGAUGAACCCUUAAUAUUAGAGAAAGAAAGUACUUCGCAAAUAGAAGAUGACACUGCUAUGAGUGGCACAGAUCAAGCAUUAAGUUCUGGUUCUCAAUCUCCUGAAGACUCAAGAAGUAGGAAAACCCCUAUAGAAUUAAUGCAGGUGUCAACUACUGUCCAGCUUCUUAAAACUGGCAAGAAACUAAGUGGACAGUCUGUUGAUAUGCUGAAGGAUGGAUAUGUUAUAGCUUUGUACUCAAGAGACCGUCCUGCACUCCACGUGUCCAGACAAAGAGUUAAAGGUGGUGGUUGGUUCCUAGACACCAUGUCUAAUGUAACCAAAAGAGAUCCUGCAGCACAGUUCCUUGUUGUCUACAGAAGCAAGGACACGAUUGGUCUGCGUUCUUUUGCUGCUGGUGGGAAAUUGCUACAGAUUAAUAGAAGAAUGGAAUUUGUAUUUGCUAGUCACAGCUUUGAUGUUUGGGAGAGUUGGACACUGCAAGGUCCUUUGGAGGAAUGUAGGCUGGUCAAUUGUAGAAAUCCUUCAGCAGUUUUGGAUGUACGCAUAGAGAUUCUGGCAGCUGUAGGGGAGGAUGAUGGGGUUACUCGCUGGCUCGAUUAGGUUGUGAAGAGAUUUAGGGGGCUAUCUUUUUGUUGCCUACUUUUCUUUUUUCUUUUUUUUUGUUUAAUUCUUCUGAGUUUGUAUUUGCCAAUUGCCAGAACAGCAUGUAAGCAUUCUUUGAUCUUCUGUUAUCUCUUUUUUUUUUUAUUUAAUGGUUUGGGUCUUUGGAAGCAUCCUCAGCUUUGUUCGCCUUUUCCAAUUCUGGCUUUGUUGAGCCUAAUGAUGUAAUGAAUGUGCUUUACGCGAAAGGUUUCCAUCUUUUCCCUCCAGAACAACUGCUUUUGCAUUUAUCAAUCAAUGCAAUAGUUGCUUUGCAUCUGAGUUUUUGCAUUUUCGUUUGUCAAGAUUUGAAUUCGUGAAUCGUCAUCCUCCAAUUUAAAACAAAACAACAAAAAAAGGUGGUUGGGUUUGGUAUGUGGCAGGUUGGUUAGGUCAAAAUCCCAAGACCCAAAGCCUCAGGCGUCUCACUUCUACCGUAAUUAUCAAUGGGGGAGCCCAAAGCCGAAGGCCUAAAUAUGGACAUGAGACGUGUGAUCAUGGUCCACAAUCUGAAGCGG